AUGGCCAAGGCGCGAGUUCAGAAGGAGGCUAAAAAUGCCAAAAGCCAUCUAAAAGCCCGGAUGGAUUACUUGCAGCAGGCUGCGAGAUAUCUCCAGGGCAUCCAUCUACAAGGCCGAGCUGCCGCGGGGAGCAACACAGUCAACCCCCAAACGACAUUAGCCAAAAAUGAAAAUUCAGCCCAACGAGCAACUUCAAACUCUGCUUUGAGCAAGAAUGUGAACAUGAGUCAAGUUUGUGCUAGUCAAAAGGCAACAAAGAAAUCCUUGACCAAUAUCUCCCGAGUCUAUACCUCCCACAUGCGUGGCGUAUCUUUAAAGACACAGACCCGGCUUUCAGUGCCAGUGAAGAGAUCUUUCUGCAAGCGCUGCGACACCGCUUUCAUCCCAGAGGUCAACUGCACGCAGGAGAUUCGGAAUGAUAGCCGUGGGCGCAAGAAGCCAUGGGCCGACGUGCUGGUGAUCCGCUGCCUCGUCUGCAGUACCGAGAAGCGUUUUCCUCAGGCAGAAAAGCGUAGCAAGAAACUCUCCGAGCGUCUAAAGGAGUCGACCCAGCAGGAAAUAUCAGAGCAUCAGGAACACAAUGUUAUAGCCUGA